AUGCGGCAGGGAAAAUCCCAGCCGCGGGAAGGAAAAUCCCGGCUACAGCGAGGUGUGCUCGCGUUAUCGAGGGCUGCUGGAGCGCGCCAACAGGCGGAACAGGAUACUUUAGGUAAAUGCAGCAGCGGGUCGCUGGUACUCGGCGCCCGUCACCGGCUCCGCCCCCAGCCGGCGAUCCCGGAGCCGGCCCCGCUCCUCCCCGGCUGCGCAACGGUGACCCGUCACCCCGCGGGCUCCGCCCUCGCCGCGGUUGCGCGCUGGGAGCGGAGCGGUGCGGGGCCGAUGCUGCGGGGGGCCGCGCUGCUGCCCCGCGCCCUGGGCGGCGGCUGCUGCUGCGGGACCCGCGGCUGGGCGGGCGCGGCGGGCGGCGGGUCCCUCCCGCGGGCCGCCCCGGGGCUGCCGCCGGGCCGCGCCUGGGACAAGGACCGGCCCGCGGCGGUGGCGGCGGUGCCGCCGGGCGCCCGCGGGCUGCGCUGGGCCGGUAAACUAUGCCAACAUGCCCCCACAGAGACCUCCCAGGCCACCCUAGCCAGCGUAUCUCCUGUUUUUGCAGUGAUGAAGUUUGACAAAGAGGGAAAUACUACCUAUUUUGAAAAGAAGAAGACAGAAUUGUACCAGGAAUUGGGUCUUCAAGCACGAGAUCUAAGAUUUCAGCACGUAAUGAGCAUUGCAACUAGGAACAACAGAAUCAUCAUGAGAAUGGAGUUCUUGAAGGCUGUCAUAACACCAGAGUUUCUGCUGAUACUAGAUUAUCGUAAUUUGAGUCUGGAACACUGGCUCCUCAGUCAACUAGCAUCUCAGCUGGCUGGGGAAGGUCAACUAGUUACAUAUUCUCUACCCUUUGAAUUCCGAGCCAUAGAAGCAAUCCUGCAGUACUGGAUCAGCAAACUGCAGGGGAGACUUAACACUUUGCAGCCUCAGAUCCUUGAGACACUGGAAGCUCUAGUGGACCCCAAGCUUUUAUCUGUGGAUAGGAGUAAACUACACAUUCUCCUGCAGAAUGGCAAGAGCUUGUCAGAACUGGAAACAGAUCUUAAAGUUUUCAAAGAAACAAUUCUGGAGAUCUUAGAUGAAGAAGAAUUAAUAGAAGAGCUCUGUCUAUCUAAAUGGACUGAUCCACAAGUAUUUGAGGAGAGUAUGUCGGGGAUUGACCAUGCAGAGGAAAUGGAGCUACUGUUGGAGAAUUACUACAGACAAGCAGAAGAUCUUGCAAAUGAAGCUCGUGAACUCAGAGUACUGAUUGACGACUCAGAAAGCAUCAUCUUUAUCAACCUGGACAGCCACCGUAAUGUGAUGAUGAGGCUGAACUUGCAGCUGACUAUGGGGACUUUCUCCGUCUCUCUCUUUGGCCUCAUAGGAGUUGCAUUUGGUAUGAACCUGGAGUCGUCUCUUGAAGAGGACCCCAGGAUAUUUUGGCUGGUGACGGGGAUUAUGUUUCUGGGAAGUGGUCUGAUAUGGCGACGCUUACUUUCCUUCCUUGGGCGGCACCUAGAACCUCCACUACCUCCUCACGUUUCUGCAGUUUUGAAAAAAUCCCAAUCAUCGGCUGGAAGAGUGGAGAUAAAGAACAGCCUUAAAGCUGAAACAUUUGGGCUGAGCAGAACAUUACCAAACCAAUAGGAACAUAAGGAAUUAAGAGACUUCUGUUGUUACAGGGUGGACUUUGGACAUUUCCUUGCACUCGUUCUUCCUUACUGAAAACUACAAGAAUUUCUAAACUUACUAAUUUAAAAUAUAUUUUGUGCCAAAAAAAGUACAGUGAGAUUUUUAAUUCUUACACGUGAAAGGAGAGGAACACCAGGGAAAACAGCAACGUGCUUUACACAGUAGUCUAAUCUCCACUCCAUGUGUGUUCCACUAGUUUUCUGUAUCACAUACAUAUUGGGCAUUCUCAUUUUAUGUGUUUCUGUCAAAUACUUCUUUGCUUAAUGGCCCUUCUUAGAGAGAACAGAAUUUUUUGCUUAAAGGAUGACAGCAGUCAGCAUUCAUCAAGUAUUCUGGGUUCUGAGCUGCAGAUUAAGGAAUCAGACUUCAAAUGUCAAAGAAAAAUCCACCCCAAGAGGGAUUUUUAAAUGGAUUUUUAAGGCCCUAUUUAAUUGCAGAGAACAGAUUUUCCAAAGCAAAAAGCAUACAUCUUUUCAUCUUUUGUGAAGCAUGACUACUGAAUUGGCAGCAACCAGAAAUAAUAGUUUCCCUUAUUUUACAUGAGCAAUAACAGGCUUUGAAAUGUAGCUACAUAUCUUGGUUAUUCCCUAACAAUUAAUUUAGGCCCAAAACAUGCAGUUUUAGGAACAGGGAAAGCAGACUUAUGGAUAAUGCCCACUUGUGUUUGCCACCUGAUAAUAUUUCAACCAUGCAUUGAUACAGCUGCAGUUUAACAACUCCUUCUGUUGUCACGAGGACUGAUUCAAAUUCUGCUAAAAAUCAACAGAUGGGUUGUUAGUUUCUGCUAACUGGCCUAUGCUCUCUCUCUUCUCUCCAAGACAAAUGAUGGACUAGCUUGCACCACAGUAAGUAGCCAGGUUAGUAAAGGGUGUGGAAGCCUGGUAUCCUGUGAUGGACUGAAGGAAGGAAUAGAAGCCUUAUGCCCACUGUUUGUGUUUUUUCUUAGCACUUUUCUCUGAGGGCAUAUUUCUCCACUGGUUUCUCUCAGUCCAUAGAGGGAGCAUGAAAUCCUUUUAAAGGAAGUAAUAAACUGCCCAUUUCUUGUUUAGGUUUUUUUAACCUUGCUGUAACAGUGAGCAGCUCCUUAGGUGCCACCAGAUAAGUCACUGUACUGGCAGGAGUUGGAAAAACAAUAACUGUAGCUGUGAACAUUUUUACUUGGGACUAAUGAGUCAAAGAUGAAAAUAAAAAGGUACAUAAAGUUGUGCAAGCCUGUGAUGCUAGUUUGAUUAAAAUCGGUUGUAUGUAAUUAUUUUCAAACAGUUCUUUCUCUGUAUGUGACUUUCAAUGACAGAUACAAAAGGCACAAGUAGGUGAGAAAGUUAAUGGGGUUUGUAAUGUUUUUGAGUUUUUUAGCUGAAUUUUUUUGCAGUCUUUUGGCUUAGCGGGUGAAGCUGUAAAAACGCUCUAAACUGAACAAUCCAGUAGAAGAACCAAGGGCUCAUAUACCUUGGCUGACAGUUCAGUGUGUGAAAAGGCAUGGAUGCUGAUGUUUUCAACCAAGUUGUAGUUGCAUGAGGCCAGAACUGAAAUAUGUGGGUGCAGCUGUUUGAGAAGCUUUCACAUAAGCUUUUGUGCAGAGAGGUUUCUGUGAACUCCUUUUGACUCCUUUUCCUGUACAUAACUGACUUAAAGCACAAUAAAAGCACAGAGAGAAAGACAGGUCUUUUACAAGACUGCCUUUUCUCUCUACAGACAUAUGCAAAUGUUUAAUGUUUUUCUUAUAAUUCAAGUAAUCAAAAUGCAGUCAGAUGCAGUAAAAUUAAUUACUUUGAGAUCAUACAUAGGAAAAACAAAAGCCAGUGGAAGGUGUAUGUUCAGAAUGGAAUUGCUACAGAACAUACUGGUUUCAUCAGUUUUCAUUUAAAAAGGAAAACUCUAUUCUGCCACCCUUACAAGUGCACUGCUUGUUUUGCCUCACACCACAUUUCACAGAUUUAUAAGGUAAGUACUGUGCUCCCAGUCCUGUCCAUUAACUUCUUUCAUGAAGUUCAAAGUUUAAUUUUUAUAAAGUGUUUUGCUGUUUGGGCAAAUCCACAAAAUAGAUGUCAGAAUGCAUUAUACAUUAAGCUGAUGUUCACCUUGCCUUUUUUUGAUUUGCUUAAAGCAACAUCCCUGAGAAAGAAUUCAUAAGAAAGGUAGGUUGUUUCAUUUUGGAGUACGACCUUUAGAAUUCUGUGCUAUUCCACCAACUUGUGUUAUUUAUAAUAAAAAUAAUGCUUUGCAUUUGUGAAGGAGGCAAGAGAGAGAAAGUACAUACACAUAUGUGACUAUGGACUAGGGUUGGUAAUAAUAGUAUCAUCACAUUUUGCUGUUCAAGUUGUUUAAUAGAUAAUGCAUGCUCUUGUUAAACCUGCAACAUACAAAACUAAUGUUAAUAGUUGAAGACAAUACUGUUAACAAUAAAAGCAGUUAACAAUUCUGA